UAGCACAACACCACGAAGAACUAUGACUAUUAAGAGUGUCUCUCUGUCCUUGUUGUGAGGAAGAUAAAGAAUCUUUAUGUUUGUCCCGAUAAAUACUACAACAACUACAACCAUUUAUGUCGAUUCGUCUUCCUCCUGUCUGAUCUCGGCGUGACGGUGUCGCAGGUGACGAAGACCUUCUCAUCGUGGGCUAAGGAGCAGGGCAUCCUUCUUGUACGUUCGCAGGUGACGAAGACUUUCUCCGGUUGCUUUGCUUGAGACGGUUCCUGUAGCCUAGAGGACUGCGCUGGGCGUUGCAGCCCUCAAUUAAAACGCGAAGAAGACGCGCCCGGAGAACUAGUACUACAACAUCAGAUCUUCAGUUUACCACACACGUAGUACACAACAACCACUACCACUAACACUACUUCUGUUGUUGAGAAAAUACAAGUGAAUAGCAGGCCAUUUUUCUGCGUACGCAACGACUUCUAGUUCUGGAGCAGAGGAAGAAAUUGCGGCUCAACGAAGUGGCCUUUAGACAACAUCAACUUCGAGUUCGACAGCAAACUUACUAUUUGUGCUGAACUACAAAAGAGCAGUCCUCCAUCUUCAACUCGCUUUCUCUCACUGAGAAAUACUUCCAGUAGUAUCUACUAUCUAGUUGUAGAAGUAAUACUUCCAGUAGUAUCUACUAUCUAGUUGUAGUACACGAACUCCGUGUCCUGUUCGUCUUGUAAAUUUAGCAAAAACAACGCAAGAACUAGCAAUAAUGACGAAGUGGAAAGAAGAAUAUACGGAUAAAGAGUGGCGUGAUUGGUAUAAGCAAGAAAAAAAGAAAACGUCAAAGCAGACUAAGACAGGAGAUGACAAGGCAAAGGCGCGCAGUGACGGCGCAAGUUUAUGGGGAGAUAUUGAAUGUUCUUGAUGCUGCAAUUAUAUCUAAAUAAAUGUUGAAUAUAAAGUAGCGAGGGUCCUUCUCUCUGGUUGUGGGUUUAUUUGGUGAACCGGUACCCCAUAGCGAAUAAACCUGUGCACACAACCAGAGAGCUGAGCACUCACCGGAGGCGUUGCACAGGGCUCCGGCCUGCCUUUGAAGGUGAGACCUAUGGGGCUGACAGGACGACGAUAGCGCCGGCGCUUAGUUAGUUUUAGCAGUUAGCAGGACACUUUAGGAUACUUGUCGAUAGUUACCCUUUUCUCUUCUAUAUCUUCCCCUGGUCUGUCUUUUUUCUAGUUAGGUCACCACAAAUAUAAAUAAAUGUUGAAUGUUGAUGCUGCAAUCAUAUAUAAAUAUUUACUUGUUAGAACUCAAGAAGUAGAUUCAUGACUAACUAAUGAAAGCGCCUACAAUCUAAACAAUUCAUCACUCUGUCUUCAUAUUUACUUGUUAGAAGGCCAAGAGUCAGAGUCGUUGUCGAAGAUACUCAAUGAUAUUAACAGUUUCUCUAUUAGCUGUGGAAGGAGCGUUCGAUGACAUUAACUAUCGAUGACAUUAACUAUCGGGGAGUUAAUGAUUAACUAUCAUGUCUAAGUACGUAGUUCGUAGUCAUCCUUUAUCAUGUAACAGAAGUACUAGCACGACGACUUCUUUCACUAAAGCUAAACGACUACCUUCCCACCUUGGCAAAUGCAAGACUUCUGAACACCUACUUUCAUGAGAAUCGUCCUCCUCGGGUUCGCAGGAUGACUGGGAGCCCUACUUUACGUGGAAUGACAAAACCGGUGCUGUAAAAUUGGUUGCUUCUGGCCGUGGCUUCCGAAGUACAGAAGUGCGGUCGCUGUGCAACUAUUUCGAGAACAAGAUAAAAGACUUCACAGGUAAGGCUGAUGAAAAUCAUUUUGUUUGUCAAAAGGUUAAGUGAGAGUGACUAGAUGAUCUUCGAGUAACGUAAUCCAAUAUGAGUGAGUGUGCCCUCACUCAAUACAGGAUGGUGCCGCAACGACGCGGAACGGCACGAUGGCAACAGCUACGGCACUUACAUCGAUCUGACCGACAAUGAGGUGUCAGAUACCUGUUUGGAAAGCUGGAUUGGCCCUUUUUUGAGCAGAUGUUAAGGCUUCCUCCUUUUUUUUCAUCUCGAUGGAUAGGCAUCGAUCUUGUAAGUAAGGGUUUUGUAAGGGGAAAUGGUUCCGGUAUUUGGUUGUAACCGUGAUAGGUAUAAUAAGCAAGAAAAAAAGAAAACGUCAAAGCAGAGAAUCUCACAAUCACAAGAAGGGUUCUCUUCUUACUUGUUUUCUCUUAAAUGAGGCUCUUCCUCCUCAGAAUAUCCUCGGCAAGGUCUAAGGGUGGCCAGUAUGUCAGAAGCUAAAACUAUCUGGAAACAAGGAGGUGACGGAUAAGGGGAUAAAAGCACUCACAGCCUAUGUGAAAUACGGAUUCUGCGAGGAACUGGUCCUCACAGACCUGCCGCAGGUGUCGGAUGAAGGUAGUAGUACUAUAGUUGUAGUUGAUGAUUUUUUGAGCUUAGUGUUAGUCGGCAGGGCCUAGUUCGGCUGGUUAAAAAGUGUGUCUAUGUAUCUAUACAAAUUUAUACCGCUUCUAGAUGAGAAUGACAAAGACGAUGAUGAAAAAGAUCUACCUCCCUUGGACAUUAGAUUUAAGCAACAACGUACCUCCUGGUAAUGCACAUUCUUCAUUUGUGUGUAGCAGAUGACGGAAAUUAUAUGGGCAAUAACAUGAUAACGACCUCAGGCAUAAAACCGCUUUUAAAUGCGGCUGUAGCUUCGCGUGAGUACCCUCAUCGUGGUAACGGCGGGAAGUAUCACCCAUUGCGACUGAGCAUUGGUGGGUCCAUGACACCGAGACUUAAAGACUUCGUUCAUCGGAAAUUUAUGGGUUCAACUCUAAAAAUAGUAGCUGGUAUAACUACACUUCAGUAUUUCGACGUCGCUGAAGAUGCGAGGAAGUACUUUUGAUUUAUUCUGCGAGUUCAACAGCCGCAGCUACAGCAGGGGUACUAGACUAGAAUCUAAGUAAUCGCCGUCGGUCUAGUCCUUUGUUCCUCUUUUUUCAUAUUCUGCUAGUAGUUCUUGUUUAUAUACAACCUGUGACCAUCAUUUUCUAAGGACGCCUUGAAAAUCGAGUUCAAUCGAACGGAGAAUAGCUGCGAUAAAAACGGACCAGAAGUAGUCGUAAAAACAGGGCCGCAAGACGAGUACUUCAGAGGGCCUCCCGCAACAAAGAAGAAACUGUGGGAACCGACAGGAGAUGGUUCAAAUUUAUGGGUUCUCUUACUACAGCAGUGAUCCGGUUGGCUUACUACAGCAGUGAUUGUGAUCACUUACUAGUACUUACAGCAGUGAUCACUUACUAGUACAGGAUUGAUGGCUUACUACAGCAGUGAUGGCUUACUACAGCAGUGAUGGCUUACUACAGCAACAGCAGUGAUGGCAUACUACAGCACUGAUGAUGGGGUUUGUUCUACUAUGUCCGUCGUGCUGUGGUCCGCCAAAGUAAGAUCUAAUCACAACUUCUUUUGUUCAUCUCAUUUUCAUUCCUACUAGUACUACACCGUUCUUUUUCAUUUUAGUCAACUGAGGGCUCAAAACCUGGAGAGGAAAGCAAGUCUGGCGGAGCCGUAGCUGUGGGCGCUCCAUCAGCGGGCGGUGGUUCAGCAGGUAGUACUCAUGCGCUUAGCAAAUUAUCAGUUUUCUGUUUGUCGCGGAUGAAAGAAAAAAACUUGACCCUUUCUUUGGAGUUGCAUGUCACCAGUACCCUGAUUGAUGUGCGUGUCUAGAUUGUUGCAAGAAUGAACUUCUUCUCCUUUGCACGCUCUUCUUCAGGUAACAAGCAACUGACGACGCCACGGCAACAAGGGGCGUGGGGAAACAGUAAGAAAGCUUCAGAGCUGCAGAAAACGCCCGAUCUCAUGGCUGAAGCUAGUUUUCCCAGCUUAGACCAAGGCAUCGCUGCAGGAGGAAACAAGGUACCUACUUACUUAUUUUGUUGUAGUCCUCGUCCUCCUCUCUUGUAAGUCUAGUUCUGCAACAACAAGAGCAAGAAUUAUUUCAUCUACUGGUUCCAGUGAGUGCUCGAGUACAGUGCCUGCUUGACUACUAUGCAGUCCUAUCCGGAGAUCAUACUCCAUAAAUUCAUCACGCAACAUACCUGUAGGUGAAGACGUCGAAUACCUUGGGGUUGCAAGGCCUAGUUCGUUGGGGUCAAGCACCAGACAGUGUAUUUGGAAAGCAGACGUCGCCACCUACGAAUCCUGCACCUCCUACCAAAGAUCCUAAAGGUGGAAAAGGCGCGCCAGGAGGCUCGGCUGGAGCUCCAGGGAGUGGUGGACAGCCGGUUAGCUCCACAAGCAAUGCUUAUGAUUUGUAUUUUGUUUCGACGUAGGAGGUAAAGUUUCAUCAAGCAUAUAUCUUCUUUCUUCAUCAGUGUCUCCUGUCUUGUACAACAAACAACCUUGUCCACUAAUCUUAAGGGUAGGUCGUUAGCGGUGCUUUUGUUACCGUUUGUUAUGGCUCUCUCCCUUAGGUGACAGCGACAGCCAUAACAAGCGGGAUAAACGAACAGCAAAAACCUAUCCCUAAUAAUCCAUACCCCCCACUUCCGCGCCGGGUAAGGGUGGAGACUCCGGAGCAAAAGGGCAGCCACAAAGCAAGGAGUCGCCUCCUCCAGCAGCGCCCAGCAGCAAAAAAACCAGUCAAUUGGUACCCAUCUGGAUCGCGGAAGAGCAACUCUUGCAGAGCGCACGCUUGCUGCCAAUUGAGGGUGAACUACUGCGCAUCCUCGAUCGCCUCCGAGAGGUAGAGAACAUGAGCUACCAGCAGAAUGGCGGUAAAAAUGGAGGCUCUAACGGAGCAGUUAUGAAGCGAAUGAGAACGUAGCACUAUUUAUAUUUAUUAAAUCGGUGAUGUUAGUAUUUUUUCUUUCACUCGUCAACAAAUUCAAUGAAAUAACUGACCGGAGGCUUUAAUACUCAGGUUGUGAUCCUUCAAAUUUUAAUCAAGAUAAGUACUUUAUUUGACUCAGAAGAUACGGAUCACUUCUAAUCUCAGUGGAGGUCAAGCGGCCGCUGAGCUACGACAGUUGCAUCGUCGUCUUGGAGAAAUCGAAGAAAACUCGCGAGAACAAGGCGGUCGGACACUUAACUCUUUGCAGAAUUUUGGCUACGACGCUGCGGCCGCAGACUACUAUUUCUAUGUCCGACCACAGGCAUCUACCUCUAUAUCGAAGAUAUGGCGAGGCUUGAAAGUGCGACGACGCUUUCGAUCGCACCUAGCCGAGAUGCGUAGUAAACGGAAAAAAGCCAUGUCACAAAAGGGCUAUAACGGUGACUCUUAUUCGAAGCAGGAGGGGUAUGGCGGUCAGCAGCUGCAAGGUGGAAUGGAUUACAAUAGUUAUGCUUCUGGAUGAUGUUGAUAGUUUUACUACUUAGUGGAAGUUGUUGAAAACAAAGCAAGGAUGAUAAGAAGUGUGCUACUUUUACUGGUUUAGGGCAUACAUCUCUUCUUGUUUGAACAAUGACACAACAUGGACGCCAUCUCCUUCUUCUAAGACAUUGCGAAAGGUGGUAAAAAUAUGCCGAAAGGCGGUGCUGGGGCGAAUGGGAAGCAGGGUUUUCACCCUCCAAGCCGUGACCACCAGGUGGGUAGCGCAACGCUUCCGGUUUUACCGAGUCCCAUGCAACCUCCAGGAAGUCCGAGUAGGAAUGGCGUUGCCGGUAAUGGGAUGCAGUUGCAGCCUCCACCGGCUAAACCCAGCAAUGUUAUGGCCCAUCUUUCUCGGUAUUUUCUCCAUUCCCUUGUCCUUUUCGACGUUCUUCUCAUGAAAUAGGAAGUCUCGACCCCAGAAGUAGGAAGUGGUGCAAGGGGUCGAGAAGGAGGGACCGAGAUACUAAUGGCAUGCUACAGAUGACUCUAAGAAUGGCAUGCAGCAGGAGAUGGUCGGCUCUUCCCCAAGCAGCAAUCAUGGAGCAGGAGGAGAGUCGAAGCUGGAAGUCCCAUCACCAUCUAGGCCUUAUCCUCCGCAACCCCCAUUGCCGCCUCAACCGAUGAAUCAAAUGCAUCCGCAGCAGAGGGGUAAGAGCGGUAACUCCAACCCGAACAGCUUUGCUCAGCAUCAUCCACCACAUCACCCACAGUCUCCCUCUCCGCCGCCAUAUCCACCGUCACCGUCACCCGGACCCUCAAAAGGACCCACCCUACCGCCUCCACCGACACCUCCUUAUGAUCUCUAUAGCGGUUCAACUUCAAUGAGAAAAAUGAUGUCUACCUCUUCUUGACCAAAAUAGGUUCUAUGAAGACCACGUUGAGUAAAAAAAGGAAAACAGCACUUGACAUCCUCUAUCAUGAGUUGACACUGUAUUGACGGCUGGACCUUUUAAUUCAUCUUUCUAAUCUGCUUUGAAAAAAGAAGUGCUACAGGAAAACUGGUUUUACAAGGGAAACGACGGAUCGCAACAAGGACCAUAUACGGUACAGAGGAUGCGAAAUUGGUUCUUAGGAGGCUAUUUCAAGCGCGAACUGAUGAUCAAGUGUGAAUCUUUUAGGGACUUCUACGAACUUCAACAACUUUGGCCACAUAGCGCACAUCACGGUGGCAACGCUUUCGAAAUGGAGCCCUGUAUUCCUCAGGCAGAGGAAAUGCCACGUACUAAUUAUGACGUAGAUGUAGUAGCUAUUAGAUCUUCAUUGAAUAGUUUUAGUUCUGCACCAUCUUCAACUUCAUUUUCAACAUAGAAGACAGUCCCGCGUCUCUGAGAAUUUUCACACUUGCAAAACUACUUCAUCAACACCAAUUCAGCGCACAUGAUCUCGACGUCACCACCGCAGUCUAAGGGUAUGGAAGGCUUUACGAGGGGUUCUUCCGGUAACCAAGCACCGGCUUCUCACGAGAAAAGCUUUAACGAGCCACUUUACAAAUAUGGCUGGACAUUGUUUUUGAUUCGAUAGAAUUAUUAAUUAAACUAGCUACAAACUGUGUCUGUGUCGUGAUUCUUUUUCUUCUAUGUCAAACAAGUAGAUGUUGAAUCUGUAACUACUAACGUCUAGGUGUGACACCAUGAACGUCUAGUAGGUGUUUAGGAGGUACAUUUUAGCAUUAUUUAGCAGAAAGAGAGUACUAGAAGGCCAGGCGUGGCUGAUGCGCUUACAACUACUUCUUUUUCUACUUAUACAUAGGUACCUGCAUGGACUAUCAUCGCUCUAUCCCUACUUCAUGCACUACUUAUACAUAGGGACCUGCUUCAUCAUGUCGUCCUCCUCCUCAUCAUUUCUAACACGCGAGUCAAUCGAAUUCGUCCCCAGUCCAGCAACAGCCUGCGACAGAUAAUCUCUCUAGUUCCGGAGAAAGCGCAAAGGAUUUUGCAGCAGCCCUUGCUUCUCAAUUUGAAAAAUUGUCCGAUGCGGCUCCGUCUCCAACAGAAGACGCUGACUGUAUUAUUUGUAAGUGCUGUAUUUUUAGACGAAUAAACUAGGAAUCGCCAUCUAAGAACUCGACCUCGAGUGAGACCGUCUAUGAUCCUUAGCAACCUUAUAUUAUAAUAAGUCGAGUGAGACCGUCUAUCCUUAGGAACCUUAUAUUAGAGUAGUUUAUAGAACGGAUGUAGGAUGGACUUGGAUGGAUCGGAUGGCCCCCUCCUGAUUCUUCCGCUCCUACUUGAAAUGGUGGGAAGUCCAUCCGUUCCAUCCGAUCCAUCCUAGCAUCGAUGGCGAUCUGGCACCCCUAUAAACUGCUCUAUUAUAUAUAAUAACCACACAGCAUCAGCUUUGGAUCGGUACCCAACCGACGUUGGAAGUACCCAACCGAUGAGGUAUCCCACGGAAUUGCCGCCGCCUGCGCCCGUCCCCUUACCCCCUCAAGACGACGACGAUGAUACCGGAAGAGCAUCAGCGUCUGCUUAUGUUCUUGAAGAUCAUGUAGUAGAGCUUUGUUUAUUCAUUGUUGUUCAUCGUUCAUGUAAUCGAAAACUCAAAAUAAGCGAACUCAAAAUAAGCGAGUUACUGACUGAAAUAAGAGAGUCUUGACUACUGCAUUCCUCUUCUUUCAGUAUCUCCCUUAUUUUCCCUAGUUACUCGCUUAUUUCAGUUUAUCGAAUAGUAGAGCUUUCUUUCAUUGUUGUUCGUUUGACGUAUAAAUACAACUAGGGUAGAUCAUCAAGAUUCCAAGGAGUGUCGUGGUGGUGGUCCUUAUCUAGAUAAUCAUAAUCCUUAAUAUGUCGUGAAUACAUGUACAAGUACAUAGGAUUUCCAUUUCUUUCAUUUCCUCGGAGCUGGCGCGUCUUGGAGAAACAAGACUGAAGAAGUGGAAAGCGAAGAUGACGGAAGCAUUCAGGAUACGAUCUUCAUGGUGGAGCCUCGCUACGUCGGUCUUAUCAUCGGGAAAUCGGGCGAGACUAUUAAAAAGUUCACAAAUAUGACGGGGAGCGCAAUCAACAUCGACCAAGAUGUGCCCGCAGGUACUGCUAUAAUAUGAGUAUAUUAAGGUUGUCAUAAGUAGAUUGUGUGUUUUGACGCAUAAUGUUUUGACGCAUAACCUGACGCAGAAGGAGAACAUUAAAUAUAGAAGGCUUCGUGAAGAACUAGAAGUAGUAGUAGAUCAACAUCAAACUUUUCUUUUCUACACCACCUUAGGACUUUGCACACAACAAGAAUCUAAAAAUGACCUCCCGGCAGCCGAACGAGCGGAGUACUCCUCUGCACAGAUACAGCCAGUUUCUUUCUUUGAAGUGAAAUAGUUUCUUGAAUUCUAAGGCCAAUGUGGUUGUUGUUUAUCGUUAUCUUCGCCUCUAUCCCACAGGUAUUCCACGAGCCGUCAUCAUGCACGGAACUAAGAAGCAAAAUCGGGCUGCAGAGCAACUAAUCAAAAACCUCAUCAAGAAGGCCAAAGACGAUGAGGAGAAAACUUAUGGCCACGACGGAUGUGUAAAAAUAUCUGCAGUUCGUUGCAGUGUAGAUGUUGUAUGGUUCAUCUGGUAUUUGGUAACUUGAAUUUGAUCACAAGGAAAACAAAUGCAGAACUGCAUACGGGGUGCAAUGCCCACCAUGUCUAUGGCCAUUUGAAAAAUGAUACUACAGAUAGAAGGAAUGCUGGGUAGAUGAAGAAAAGAACAGGGUAUCAUGUUGCUUUCAUACUGUUUCGGAUGUCUUCGGAGGGCGUACGACUGGUUCAUUGAGUCGGGAAGCAGACGUUCCGCCAAGUGCAACAGGAAGUCGAGGCAUGAUGUCCAAAGCAAAAUACAACCCUAGUUGUACUACUAAUGUUACUUAUUUUUUCUUUCAAGGCCACGCUCGCUUGGGGGAGCCGGAUGGCUCCCCUCCCGUGCCGGCUUAAGAUAGUUUUACUGUGUUCGUUCAAGGGGUAGGGUGGAUUUUUUGCAGGUCCUUCGGUGGCUCGGGAUUGCCUCACUUUCCCCCCCUCCCUUCCGUACUUACUCGCUCACUGCCCUUCGUCUUGUCUAAGCCCUUCCAGUCCCUUCGCCUUGCAUCUUCUUGAAUACGACUACUACAUCUCAUAAUAAUCAUUCUGUUCGAGGACAUUGAUAGAUUGCUUCACGACGGCACCUGGUGUCAGCGAUCUUCUUUUGCUUGAUUACUUAUAUAUAAGAUCUUGGCGACAUCAUUUCUGGUGGUGAAAUGCCAAGAAUCAAGGCUGUCGUGAUGUCUUGAUGGCAUUUUUCCACAAGAAGCUUCACUAUCACUUCUACUUAUUUACUCUUGUUGCCCUCACUCACUCAGUCGCUGCUCGAAUGGACGGAAGCUUACCUGACAGUGGUUUCGUAAGACGAGGCGAACCGACCCAGUCUAUAUUCGGUAGUCUAGACGCGAGCUCUCCUGUCGCUCCAAAAAGCUACAUAACGGAGCAUUCUAGUGGUAAUCGCGGCCUCGGUGGAGGAGACCUGGAUAGUCACAUUAUGGUGUGCGAAUGUGCAAGGGCGUUGACUACAUCGAGUAAGUAGAUACUUACAGAUACUGUUACUGACUGAAAUAAGGAGUAGAUUCUAACAGUUACUUACAUACAGAUACUUACAGAUACUAAGCGAGUUCCUGACUGAAUUAUGGGACGUAGUCUCGAAAGGCUACGUACUCUUUCUUGUUCAGUAUCUCGGUUAUUCUCGUCUGUUACUCGGUUAUUGCAGUUUUUCGCGUAGAUCCUUACACAUGAACAGCAUGUCGUUGUGUAAGUGCACAAGGAGAGACAAACACAUCCAACGACUACAACCACCUUCUGCGAAUUCCGAGCACCAAGGGCAUCGACAAAAACGACGAAGGCUGCAAACAAUACUACUCUUACAUCUGGGGAACAACUUUUAGUUACUAUUCUAAGCCACACACUCCCGGCAAUGCUUUUGGGAGUCUACGCGGUGCGUCGUCUCCAGCGAGUGGGGGAGAGCACAUUGGCGCCUCGGGCAAUUCCAACCGCGCGCAGGCCUUGAGGGAACAUCGGCCUGCUGGUGGUGCGUCUUCUAGCAGUAAUUGGCGACGACUCAGCGUUUCUGACUCGGAGAGAGCAGCAGACAUGAUCCCUUCUGCUUCUUCGGGGCUGGGCCUAUUGGAUCGUAUUUUUUCAUUCCUACUCCUAGCUUUUAUUUCUUGCAAGUGUAAAUGUAAGUCAUUGACUCACUUUGAAGCAAGAAGACAACAUAUUUUUAUUUAUCAGAAUGAUAAAGAUUUACAUUCACAUUGUUUUUCUUGUCGCUCUACUGUAUUGGUUUCGUUCCGUCUUCGUCAUAUCUACUACAAUCCGACUCAUCCUCUACAGGUGCGAACACCGCUGGUUCUACGAAAACCAUUUACGAUUUGAUGACCAAGAAACCUAGCUGGGCUGUUGAAUGCUCAAAGGGUGAUUCCGAGUAUAUGUAUUCCCGGUCAGAGAUGCUCUAUUUCCGCCACCUGCUGAUAGAGAAAAGCCAAGAGCCAGGUGGAGAGUUCGUUUUCUUAUGAAGGAGACAAGAAAAACCGCACUUCUGCUCAUCUCUAUAAAAAGUAGUAUCUAUAAGUAAGUUAGUGUUAGAUGAACAGGACAAGGAAAACCGCACUCGAAAGUGAUCACUGUAAGUAGUAAGUGUUAGAGCAAAUUUUAGGUUGCUAGAAGUACCUACAACUUCUCGGUCUUCUGCAAACUCAAAAAUGAAGUGCCCAUAUUUCGGAAAACAACGUCGCUUCAUUUUUCCCCUAAAGUACUUUCCUCUAUGUCGCACCCGCCUCCGGGCUAUGUUUUCCUUCCCCACAACUACUCCCCUCUAUCUUCCAUCACCUGCCUUUCUCUUUUCUUGCUUACCCAAGUAAGGCAACCUUCUUCUCUUGGACACUUCCCCUCCUUCAUGUCGUGCACCGAAACGGUUCGAUAUCGGCGACCGACCACAGCAGGUCAAAAAAGAGGGCCGCACACCGAUGAAAAAACGGAUUGAUUGUGGUAUUACUCUCGACAACGCUCCCGAGGCUGGCGAAAGCGUCUACGCACCUCCUGGACAGCAUCCGGAUCGAUUCUUGUUAAGACCGCUGUUUUCGAAGCAAAUCUGACAGUCUAAACAUUACUGCACUACUUGUCGUCUAGUUUUCCUUCUCUGAACGUUGGUUAAUGUCAACCUUGUUACCCAGUAGUGCAUACUUCUGUUAUUAAAAAGGUUGGUGUUUUGAAAAUAGUAGGAGGACACCUAGACCUAUACUUUCUUAGCAUUAAUUCAUUUACAAGUCCCAACUAAUAAUAAUUUCUGUGGUUUCUUAGCACCGUCCUGAUCUUCUAAGCAAUCCUCAGAAUAAGAAGAUAUCCCUCUUCAUCUAAUUAAUCUUACAGAGCAAGCUAUUACUCUUACUCAGUUUCUUCGUGAAUUACGAUUUUGGAGCUUAUCUGAUUGUUCAUGUCGAACUAUUCUGCAUGAUGUUGAUGAUACUUACUACUGCAGCAACAUGAUCGAUAUUACUGUAGGCAGCACCCUGCUCUAAUCUAUCCCGGACGUGGCGGCUUGGAAGAUAUGGCUCACUCUCCUUCGAGGACGAAGUAGGAGCUUUAUGGAAUCCAUCAACUAUGCAGAAACGGAAGAGUUGCUAUCAUUCGCUCUGCGUAGCGGUAGAGAGAGCAGCAGAAAACUACACAUCACAAGAUGAGUCGAAGGGUUGUUUUACAGAGUGCGUCGUCAAAAUGUUUGGAAGCGGUCGUGUUUACCAUUCUAUUUAUGAAUUUUCAUACUUUCAUUAAUAUACGAUUACUUGGUGCUUGAAACAAAUACAUAGAACGUCUAAGCGUCCGCCCGUUAAUAAUCAUCAUGAUCAUUAUUGUUAUACGUACUGACUCUACUUACAACUCAAAAAUCGAGAUUACAAACAAAGUUAUUAUCUGUUCACGACUAAUCGAACAAAAAUUACCUACAUGUCUGAAAACGUGCUUUCGAGCUCGAAUCAAAAAAGUUGGAUGUUUUAAUUUGUAGUCAUGAACUUGAACUUGAACUAGGCGAAACAAGAAGCAAAAUGAAUAUAGACGCAUCACCAAUCAGGUAUAUUAGAGCAGUGUUGUAGUUGUUGUAGUAAAGAUAUCGAAAACUAAAACCAAGGUUUAAUCAUCGGAGUAGAGAUGGAUCGCGGAGAUGUUGUUAUUUGUAAUUUUCUAUUACUUGAUAGUUGAUCAAUCGGUUUCCCUGCAGCAGCUCUUCUUUUUAGAAGGUACAAGUUGGCUGAACGACCUCGUUUCCAUUUGACCACAUGGGUCACGAAGUAACACGGCAUGGCAUACCAGUGGCAUUCCCCCUAUUGAUUCGGGUAUGCUUGAUCUUUUUUAUGGUAGUGGUCCGUCCUCUCUGGUGUCAUCAUUCCACUGUUCUAGUUGUGUACCAAAAAAAGAUGAUAACUGGAAAACAGUUCUUGUGAUGUGUCGAACUUAUUUAGGGUAAUCUAUCAUGUGCGAUGAAGAUGAUUUCUUGGAGCACAACAUUUGUGAUUUGAAACUUGGCUCAACAAAUCGGUAGUCGUAGGUCACAACUCAGCUAGCCUGUAGUUUUCUCAUUAUCUUCGAUCAAGAAAUAGGAAUUACUUAGUACGUGUCAAUAGAAGAAGUUGAAGAAGAACUCUAUUAAGGUAGUUUCUGCGAUAAAAUUUUUCUGCUUCAUCCGUAGCUAUGAUGGACCACUUUUUCUGCUUCAACUCCAUACGGUAUUUUUAGCGUGUAAAUAUGUUGUUACUUUCUCUACCUGCCGAUUACUUCCGCCCCGUCAAAAUUUUCGUGACUUCACCGAAGUUGAGUGCAAGACUAGUACUUGUAUUUCUAACUAAACUACUAGGAAUUAAAAAAUUCGAAGAAAAAUCUUGUACUCUACCGCACAAGAGGACGAGUCGGAUUGUCGUCGCGUAAUUCUGCGUCUAGAAUUCAUAAUCAGACGAUUGAUGAUUCUAGAAUUCAGAUGCGACAUUAUUUCGGAUCAUGAGAAGUCAUAUUAAAACCUUCCUAUGUCACUAUUGAUCGUCGUACGUAGCUGGAACAUCGAAGUUUUCACGUGGCGACUUCCUUCAAUACGGCUUUGAUAAAAAACGUAUUGAAGCAUACAACUGUUUGGGUUGUCAUGAUCGACUAUUCUAUUUUUCAACAUCAUGACGACUCCGCUGAUGUGUAUAUUUGCUCUGUAGAGGUCGUACGUACUGGUAGUACAAGAUGAUGUUGAUGUUCAUGUUUGUACAAUUCCACUCAAUCAAGGGUUUUCACUUAUAAUUGGUACUACUUCUAAAACGUUGGAGAAGUUAGUAGUUGUUAUCAUGAAUCCUGAGACAUUCGAUCUUCGAGUCCACCUUUGAUGGAUUUGAGAAGAAGCUGUUUGAUUCACUUAGACGAACGACUGCGAUAGCAAUCGCCCGAAUUGACACAAGAGCAAUGCUGAAGCGACGAUCUCUGCAUUUCAAGGCGUUCAACCAGACUCCUA